AGAUAGCAGCUGCCACUUAUGCUUGGAGAAGCAAGGGCACUGGUCAAGAGUAACUUUUCAGAUCAGCUGUUGAAGAUCUUCUUUUAGACGUGUUGAAUAUACGUUUUUCAUCAUGCAUUUUCUGAAAAGUCUGAAGACAGCCAACCUGGGAAUCUUGCAGCUCCUGAAAAAUGCAGGGAUCCCCUGCAGACUCGCAGGUGAGAGCAGUGUUCUGUCCAGGACGCAGAGCGCAGCCCCUCAUCCAUGCUGGCUCGCAGCAUCAACCUACUCCCAGAGAGCAGUGCACCUCCAGACGGGUCUGGAAGAAGACCACGGCCACUCCAAAAGCAGAUUGAUGUCUGGCAUGGAAGACCUACUUUUCUACACCAUCACUGAGGGCAAAGAGAUGAUCCCCCUCUCUCAUUUCAUAUCUGCUUUGAAAAAAACUGGGUUGUUGACCUCCGAUCCCCGUCUGCGUGACUGUGUGCGUCAGAUGCGACAGUCGGCACGUGACUCAGUCGGACAAGUCAUGAUGGACAAGCGGCUCUUCAGGAGUUGUGUGGGAAACAACAUCAUGCUGCUCACCAAGGCCUUCAGGAAGAAGUUCAUCAUCCCUGAAUUUGAAGACUUCGCCGAGCAAAUCAACAACAUGUACAUGAGCGCUAAACAGCAGGAGGGAGGGCAGGUGGCAGAGUAUCUCCCUCAGCUCGCCAAGUUCAGCCCAGAUUUGUGGGGGAUGUCACUCUGCACCAUCGACGGACAAAGACAGUCUUUAGGUGACACCAAGGUUCCCUUCUGUCUGCAGUCGUGCAUAAAGCCUCUGGAAUACGCCAUGGCCGUGCACGAGCUCGGCAGCGAGGCCGUGCACCACUUUGUCGGCAAAGAGCCCAGUGGAUUCAAGUUCAACAAACUGUCAUUAAGUGACGAAGAUAAACCUCACAACCCGAUGGUGAACGCCGGAGCCAUCGUCAUCAGCUCUUUAAUUCAGCCCGGAGCCAAUAAAGCUGCACGAUUUGAUUACGUGAUGGAGUUCUUAAAAAGCAUGGCGGGGUCGGAGUACGUGGGCUUCAGCAACGCCACCUUCCAGUCGGAGAGGGAGCUGGGCGACAGGAAUUACGCCAUUGCUUACUACCUGAGGGAGAAAAAGUGCUUCCCGCACAAUGCAGACAUGAUGGCGGCGCUUGAUUUCUACUUCCAGUUGUGCUCCAUAGAGGUGACCUGUGAGUCAGGAGGUGUCAUGGCCGCCACUUUGGCCAACGGGGGUAUUUGUCCCAUCACCGGCGAGCGGGUGCUCAGCUCUGAAGCCGUCCGAAACACCCUGAGUCUCAUGCACUCGUGUGGAAUGUGCGACUUCUCUGGCCAGUUUGCCUUCCAUGUGGGUUUGCCAGCUAAAUCUGGAAUAUCAGGCGCUGUUCUCCUGGUGGUCCCCAAUGUCAUGGGUGUGAUGUGCUGGUCUCCACCGUUGGAUCGACUGGGAAACAGUGUGAGGGCCAUUCACUUCUGUCAGGAGUUGGUUUCCCACUUUAACUUUCACAACUACGACAAUUUGAGACACUUCACAAAGAAACAUGAUCCCAGAAGAAGAUCAGAUGAAGACCCAAACAAGUCAGUGGUAAACCUGAUGUUUGCAGCCUACAGUGGAGACGUCGCUGCUCUCAGGAGGUUCGCACUCUCGGCUUUGAACAUGGAGCAGACAGACUACGACUCUCGCACGGCGCUCCACAUUGCCGCCGCUGAAGGACACGUGGAGGCCGUGAUGUUUCUCACUGAGAUAUGCAAAGUGAAUCCUCUGAUGAAAGACAGAUGGGGUAACACGCCGAUAGAAGACGCGCUGCAGUUUGGCCACGAUGGCGUCGCUUCAGUCCUGAGGGAGUAUCAGGCCAGAUACAUGGACGCUGAAGCAGCGAGCGACACAGAGGACCAGGAGACCUCCAGCAUUAAAGCCACAUAGGAAACCAGGUCAUCCGUUUUUCCCAGAUCACUGCAUAAACAUAAGAAUUUGUGCUAGAAAUUAAGAUUAUUUCCAAAAGAGAUCGAGGCACAAAAUCAUUUCCUCACAACUUCUCUGAACUUCAUGUGAAUAAUGUGUGGAGCAGGAAGAGAAUGUUGCCACUCGACCAAAAUCCCCCCUCUUGUCCAACCCUUUGGAUCACCUCAAGUGGCAGAGGAAUGUCGAACCGUGCCUUGUCACUAUCAUUUAUUCAAGCAUUUUCUAAGCAGGGGAAAACUGAAAUAAAGGAAGUGGACGGGCUGAGAUGUGAGUUCGGUCAAUAAUAGAUGAACCGCCAUGUACUUCAUUUGUAACUCUUAAUAUAAUGAAAGUACUGAGGUUCAGUCCAGCCUUUAAAAGGAGACUGGUACUUUUGUUUCAAAGUAGGAUGAGUUAUCACACUUUAAGAUAAAAUGUGACAUGUUUUUCUUUGCACAACUGUCUAUAGACUUUCUUAGACUUAACGCUUUCCUUUAAUGUGCAGCCAGUGGUGGUUUGAGACACUCAACUUUAGAGUGUUCCAAACUGUAGGUGGCAGGUUUUUUUUUGCCUUUUUCUAUUGUCCUUGCUGUAUAUAAAUAAUUUGCCAAUUUAUUUAUUAAAUAUUUUAUCAAUCCGUGAUCUGUUUAGAGUUGUCAUCAAAACACGAUGAAUAUGCUUCUGUAAUGCUUCAUUUCUUUCUCAUCCACAUGCUAUUUGUUUCAUGGUUAUUGUUGUCACUGUACAUUUUUGUUCAAAUAAAAAUA